AUGUCUCAGAUCGACCCCGACUUUGUGCCUAUCCAAGUACUUGCGAGGCAGGUGUCCGAUUCCUGGUUCAAUGCGGUUAUCAUCGAGUCUCUACUUCACGUGUCGAGUAACACCCCCCAUAGAGCUCAGACAAAGGUCCUUACUGGGAUCUCAAUAGUCAUGUAUAUCAUGGCUGUGAUGCACAUCUCUGUGAGGUGGUUCUAUGCCAGGCGGGCAUUUAUCGUUAAUGGAGAGACCGAGGAAACGAGGUUCUUCGCCCUCACAGAUUCGCUUGUUGCCGGCGGUCUGUUGUGGGUCCCGACUAUCAGUAGUGUGGUCGGGAGCAUCAAUAUAUUGACCGCGGAUUGUGUCAUUAUUUGGAGGUGCUGGAUUAUUUGGCAGAGGAACUGGAGAAUCAUCGUCCUUCCUUCCAUAUGCACGCUAUGCGGAACAAUAUUCGACAUUUUCUUCCUUGUCCAGGAGCUAACGCCGUUGACCGAUCAACAAGGAAAGCCUGUGACUCCCUGGGGGAGUGACUCUAUCAACUGGGGAGUGGCGUAUUAUAGUACGACACUCUCAACGACGAUUAUCUGUACGGCUCUGAUUGUAUUCCGGCUGAUCCGAGCGAACAGAACCGGGAAGUCUCUACGUUUCGCGCCGAAUCCGUACCAUAAAGUCAUGGAGAUAAUGGUAGAAUCUGCUGCAUUAUAUGUCGUGGCACUGGCAGUAUACAUUCCGUUCAUCGCGACGAAUAGUCCAUAUAGCAAUUACCCACAGGUUGUUCUUGCCUCGGUUACCGGCAUCGCACCUACUCUCAUACUUCUUCGUGUCGCGUCUAGAAGCCCAGUGAGCCUGUCGAGGGCAGAUACUGAAGGUAGUGUCACAUCUGUGGAGAAGGACGAUGUGAUACUCAUUACCCCGGGGAGAAGGGUUGAAGCUGUAUAA